AUGGCGCUACUUUAUCCUAGGGAUGAUAUUGGACCAUCCUAUCCUAGCAUUGAAGACCCAAGUAUGAAAAGUGUGCAGGGCGAAAUUGGCGAGCCAGGACAGAAAGGAGGAAAGGGAGAUAAAGGCGAGCAGGGUCCUCCAGGACCAGCCGGGCUGCAGGGUCCAGUUGGAGCUCCAGGUCCAGCAGGUUCAGAUGGGGAGCCAGGUCCUAGAGGUCAGCAGGGGAUGUUUGGACAGAAAGGAGAUGAAGGAUCCCGUGGUUUUCCAGGUCCUCCAGGUCCAAUUGGUCUACAGGGAUUACCUGGACCCCCCGGUGAGAAGGGAGAAAACGGCGAUGUUGGUCCCAUGGGUCCCCCUGGUCCUCCCGGUCCACGAGGUCCUCAGGGUCCAAAUGGAGCAGAUGGUCCUCAAGGUCCUCCUGGGUCCAUAGGUUCGCCUGGUGGAGUUGGUGAGAAGGGUGAACCUGGUGAGGCUGGUAACCCUGGUCCCCCCGGAGAGGCUGGCGUUGGGGGUCCAAAAGGUGAGAGGGGAGAAAAGGGAGAGGCCGGACCCCCAGGAGCUGCUGGCCCUGCAGGUCCUAAAGGUCCCCCAGGAGAUGAUGGUCCUAAAGGAAAUCCUGGUCCUGUUGGUUUCCCCGGAGAUCCCGGUCCCCCUGGCGAGCCCGGUCCAAGUGGUCAGGAUGGUGUUUCUGGUGACAAGGGUGAGGACGGCGAGCCUGGACAACCUGGUCCCCCUGGUCCUUCAGGAGAAGCCGGGCCCCCGGGUCCCCCUGGAAAGCGAGGGCCCCCAGGAGCUGCUGGUGCAGAAGGAAGGCAAGGAGAGAAGGGUGCUAAGGGUGAACCUGGAGCAGAAGGACCUGCUGGAAAGACUGGGCCUGUGGGACCUCAGGGUCCAGCCGGAAAACCCGGACCUGAAGGUCUGAGAGGAAUUCCAGGACCUGUGGGAGAACAAGGUCUGCCAGGUGCUCCAGGACAGGACGGACCACCAGGUCCAAUGGGUCCCCCUGGUCUGCCAGGAUUAAAGGGAGAUCCCGGUACCAAAGGAGAGAAGGGACACCCAGGUCUUAUUGGUCUGAUUGGGCCACCAGGAGAACAGGGUGAGAAGGGAGACAGGGGUCUUCCAGGUCCACAGGGUACUCAUGGAAACAAAGGAGAUGUGGGUGUUACUGGUCCUGGUGGUCCAAAUGGACCUCCUGGUUCACCUGGUUUACCUGGUCCACAAGGUCCUAAAGGUGCCAAGGGAUCAUCAGGUCCUUCUGGUCAGAAGGGUGAUGGCGGUCUGCCAGGACCACCUGGACCACCGGGUCCACCUGGAGAAGUCAUUCAACCACUUCCUAUUCAGUCGCCCAAGAAGACCCGAAGGUCUUCAGAUGGUAUGAUGGCAGAUGCAGCAGACAACAUCCUGGAAUACACAGAUGGUAUGGAAGAGAUCUUUGGAUCCCUAAACUCCCUGAAACAAGAUAUUGAGAGGAUGAAAUAUCCCAUGGGAACUCAGAACAAUCCGGCCAGGACUUGCAAGGACCUGCAGCUCUGCCACCCAGAAUUCCCUGAUGGUGAAUAUUGGAUCGAUCCAAACCAGGGCUGCUCCGGAGAUUCAUUUAAAGUGCUAUGUAACUUCACUGCUGGAGGAGAAACCUGCAUCUACGCAGACAAGAAAUCUGAAGGAGUCCGUAUCUCCUCUUGGCCUAAAGAGACUCCUGGCUCCUGGUUUAGUGAAUUCAAGAGAGGGAAGCUGCUCUCCUAUGUGGACAUUGAAGGUAACUCAAUAAACCAGGUGCAGAUGACUUUCUUGCGACUCCUCAGCCAGUCUGCUCGACAGAACUUCACAUACACGUGUCACCAGUCAGUGGCCUGGCAUGAUGCUGUGUCCAAUAACUAUGACAAAGCCCUGAGGUUCCUGGGAUCUAAUGAUGAGGAGAUCUCAUAUGACAACAGCCCGUUCAUCAGAUCUCUGCACGACGGAUGUGCUCUAAGGAAAGGAUACGCACGGACAGUCCUUGAAAUAAACACUCUGAAGAUAGAUCAGCUGCCCAUUGCAGAUGUAAUGAUCAGUGACUUUGGUGACCAGAAUCAGAAGUUUGGAUUUGAGGUUGGACCUGCCUGUUUCUUGGGUUGAGACCAGUUUGAGGACAAGCAGCUUAAUAAAAAAUAAUAAAAUGCGUAAAAAAAGUUUUUAAAAACAAAAAAAGCGCCAGGCUUGAAUACCACCAAAGACGCUUUGCCACAUGCAAGUUUUGAACACAAGUGGCGCCAAUGGAAAGUAAAAGGAAUAAAGUGACUGAUCUUGCUGUGUACGUGUCACCUAGAACCUACAAUCUGCUCCCACUUUGGGCAGAAUCACAUGACUUGACCAGAAAGCAUUUGCCAAAAAUAUGAAGGACGUAGACAAAAUAAUACUGGGCAGCUGUGUCCUCCAACUUCAGGAAUCUUUUUGUGCUGGACGAUUAACCAAACAAGCUUCGUCCAUCAUAGGUGCUAUUGCAUCCUUGUAAAUGCAUUACCCCAACAAUGUGUACAUGUAAUUAUUCUGUGUACUAGGCUUGCAUGUCCUUUUUCUAAAACUUGCAUGUGACUUUGGGUUGAGCCUCUUUAUUAAGAUCAAAUUAAAAAAACAAAUCCUGAUUGGCUCCCUGCUCUGUAGAAUGGAUAAAGCGUCUGUAUAAUGCACAAUAUUGUGUAAUUCCAGUGGACCUCCAACCCUGAUUUCUAAUAAAACCCUUUGUAUAUA